AGUGGAAACAACUAAUGAAAUGUGUGCCUCCAAUAACAAAUAUGUUACUGUAACAAUAAACAAAAGUUUACUUAGAUUAAUUUUAUCCAAUUCUUAGCUAGAGGAAUGUCUGUAAUACAGAAAUGACAUGGCACUCAGCUCUACAACUGUGAAACAGAAAGGACGUCAGCGUCGCAAGCCAACAAUAUGGACAAGAGAAAAGAUUUAUAAACUAAUUGAGCUGUAUCGUGCAUCAGAUUGUUUAUGGAACCAUUAUUCGGAAUUGUACAAAAACAAGGAUUGUCGAAAUAAGGCAAUAGAUCGGAUAUGUAAAACGCUGGAAAUUUCCAAAAUUGAUUAUGGUAAAAAAGUGCAUAAUCUGCGAAAUCAAUUCAAUUCAGAAUUAAAGAAAUAUGAAAGACGUUUGGAAAAAAUGGGUGGUGCGAAAAAUGCAUCAACAAAAACAUGUCGUUGGGAGCAUUUUGAAACCUUAAUGUUUCUGCGACCUAUCAUUGAGCCCCGACCGGGCUAUCAACCACAAAGCAAGAAAUCUGUAAAUAGCAUUAAGUUAUCCUAUAAUGAAAAUACCGAACAGGAACCUGCGGAAAGCCCGAUAGAGGAAAAUAAAGAAUUACCAAAUUUAAGUGUCGGGCAGCCAAAUAAUCGAGUUGUAAAAGAACUUGAACCGUGCGAAGUACAACAAAAUUCUACAUCAAAAAAUUGCAAAAACUUUUCAUCAAUUUCCACGCAUGUGGAAAAGCAAAAUUGCAUGGAAGUUCCGAGGCCAGGUGUUCGUGAUCAGUGGGAUGCAUUUGGCGAAUUGAUAGCCAAUGAAUUUCGUAAUCUAAACUCAAUGAUUUCACGGAAAAAGCUUAAACGUAAAAUCAUGCAAAUUAUGCUAGAAGUUGGCGAAGAAGAUGAUAAAAAAUAUUCAAAUAUGAAUUGAAUUCGUCUCCUGUUAUUAUUGCUUUCGUUAAGAUGUAUGAUUUUUUUUUUUAUAACAGCAAAUUUAUUUUUCCAAUAUAUUGUAUUUAGUUUUAAAUUUCUGUUUGCCAAUAUUUUGUAUUGAGUAUUAGAAUUAAUAAAAAUAUCUGUAAAUUUUGUGAGUUAAAUCGGUUUAAUAAUGUAUAUAAAUAAUAUGUCUCCUAUUGUUUUACAGUCUA